GAUAGUGAUUAGCUAUGUAAGUUUUACUGUAUAAGUGACUUUUGAACUUCAUAUUAUUAUAAUAAAUAUCUAUAAUCUGAGUAUAACGCAAAGUACACUAGUGGGUGCCAUCUAGUGAUAUUAAAAAAACCCUUCAUUUCACAACUAACUAUGGCUGCUUUAACCAAAACUAAGAACUUCAAAGUAUUACGGACAUUAACCCAAAAAUAUUGCCCACGAGUAAUUAGUCGAAGACAUUUAAAUCUCCAGGAAUAUCAUAGUAAAGACUUAUUACGAAAGCAUCAAGUGUCUAUACAAAAUUUUCGCCUGCUUGAUUCUUCUUUGGAUCCAAAAUCGUUAUUAGAUUUCAAGGCUGAAGAAUAUGUAGUAAAAGCACAAAUUUUAGCUGGUGGCCGCGGAAAAGGUCACUUUGAUAAUGGCUUUAAAGGAGGAGUUCACUUAACUAAAAAUCCAAAGGAAAUACUUAAUUUAGCCAAAAAUAUGAUUGGACAUAAACUUAUUACGAAGCAGACGCCCAAAGAGGGAAUUCUUGUAGAUAAGGUAAUGGUAGCAGAAAGUGUUAACAUUAAACGGGAGACAUACUUAAGUAUUGUAAUGGAAAGGACUUAUAAUGGUGCCGCUCUUGUUGCUUCGCCUGCUGGAGGUAUGGACAUAGAGGCUGUAGCUGAAAAAACCCCACACUUGCUUAAGACAGUACCCAUUGAUAUCCAUGAAGGUAUAACUGAUAAAGUUGCUAAAGAGGUAGCUGAAUUUUUAGAAUUCAAAGGCCCUUUAAUAAACAAAUGUGCUGAUGAAAUAAAGAAAUUAUGGCAAUUAUUCCUUAAAGUUGAUGCAACUCAACUUGAAAUAAAUCCUUUAGUUGAGACUGAUGAUGGAAGGGUAGUUGCAGUUGAUGCAAAAAUUAAUUUUGAUGACAAUGCUCAGUUCCGGCAACAAGAUAUAUUUGCUUUAGAUGAUACAUCUGAAACAGAUCCUAGAGAAAGGGAAGCAGCAGCCCUUAAUUUAACUUACAUAGAUAUGGAUGGUAGCAUUGGAUGUAUGGUUAAUGGUGCUGGCCUGGCUAUGGCCACCAUGGAUCUUAUAAUGUUAAGUGGAGGAAGACCAGCAAACUUCCUGGACCUGGGUGGUGGUGUUGGGCAGUCACAAGUAUCAGCAGCAUUAAGAAUUUUGGAAUCUGACCCCAAAGUAAAGGCUAUAUUUGUAAAUGUUUUUGCAGGAAUUGUGAACUGUGCGACUGUAGCUAAAGGAAUUGUUGCUGCAUGCAAAGAGAAUCCCCCUAAGCAUCCCCUUGUGAUUAGAUUGGAAGGUACAAACUCUGCUCAAGCUAAGAUAAUUCUAGAAGAGUCUGGUAUGCCAUUCAAAAUCAUCAAUGAUGCUGAUGUUGCUGCUAAAACAGCUGUCAAAUUGGCACAGUAAAUAAAACAUUUUUAUAGUAACAAAAUGGUUAUUAGUUUUGUAAAUUUGUAUAAAACAAAAUGUUUAGAAAACAGAAAAAUAUGCAUUUUAAAAGUCCUCGUACUUUUGUCUGUUUAAAUUAGUUAAGUAUAGGUAGUAGGAAUUAGAAAGACUAGUUACUUCUAUUAUUAUUUGCAAAACAGGGCACGGAUUUUUUACUCAUGUAAUAAAAUUAGAAAUUAAACCUUUUUUUUUAUCAAAUGCACAAAUAAUGACAUUUCUAUUAAGUUUUUUUUUAUAAUUACACAUAAUACAAAUUGUACUGUGUACUUAAAAUAUAUAUUUUUAUUUAUGAUUCCUAAGUGUUUUUAAAAGUUAUUGGUUCUCUAUGAGGCUAAUUUGUUUCAUUUUAGAACAUUUUAUAAGCAGUUUAAUUUUAAAUCAGCCAUAAUUUCAUAUUCUUGCCACAAAUUUAUAAUAUGAUGUUGUUAGAUAUAAGU